AUGUACACGAGGCCCGUGAUCAACCCGGUCCCAGAGACUGAGAACAACUCCAAGGCAGCCGAAAGACAGAAAGCCAAGGACAGCAAGAUGACCGAUGAGCAGAUCAUGGAGAAACUAAGAACCAUUGUCAGCGUGGGAGAUCCAAAGAAGAAAUACAUUCGUUAUGAAAAGAUCGGCCAGGGGGCGUCUGGCACCGUUUACACAGCCAUUGAUGUUGCCACGGGACAAGAGGUGGCCAUCAAACAGAUCAAUCUGCAGAAGCAGCCAAAGAAAGAGCUGAUCAUCAACGAGAUCCAGGUCAUGAAGGAGCUGAAGAACCCCAACAUCGUAAACUUUGUGGACAGCUUCCUGGUUGGAGACGAGCUUUUUGUGGUCAUGGAGUACCUGGCAGGAGGAUCUCUGACUGACGUGGUGACAGAGACGUGCAUGGACGAGGCUCAGAUUGCUGCAGUGUGCAGAGAGGUCCUUCAAGCCCUGGAGUUUCUGCAUGCCAACCAGGUCAUCCACAGAGACAUCAAGAGUGACAACGUCCUCCUGGGGAUGGACGGAUCAGUCAAACUCACUGAUUUUGGCUUCUGUGCCCAAAUCACUCCGGAGCAGAACAAGCGCAGCACCAUGGUGGGGACUCCAUACUGGAUGGCUCCGGAGGUGGUGACCCGCAAAGCUUAUGGACCCAAAGUGGACAUUUGGUCCCUGGGGAUCAUGGCCAUAGAGAUGGUGGAGGGAGAGCCCCCCUACCUGAACGAGAACCCUCUCAGGGCGUUGUAUUUAAUCGCCACCAACGGGACUCCGGAGCUGCAGAAUCCAGAGAAACUGUCCCCCGUCUUCAGGUCCUUCCUGUCCCGCUGUCUGGAGAUGGAUGUGGAGAAACGAGGCUCAGGCAGAGAACUUCUGGAGGAUCCGUUCCUGAUGCUGGCCAAGCCUCUGUCCAGCCUCACUCCGCUCAUCCUGGCAGCCAAGGAGGCCAUGAGGAGCAACCAUUAACCCC